GUCUUCUCCCGGCCAGAGCAGCAGCGGCGGCGGCGGCGUUUGAGUGGAGGAAGAUGGCGGCCCCGAGCGACUCGGUGUCCCGCCAGCUGUGAGGAGCCCCGAGUGCUGCAAGCGCGGCCUAGGGCGGAGCGCCUCUGCUCUGGUCCCAUCCUUGGCUCCCUCCCUGCCUUCGCCAGCAGAGCGUACUUGAGAGCGUGGCGCGGGCUGGACCAGCUGUCAAGUGGAAUGUCAUGGCCAGCUCCUCGGACAGUGAAGAUGACAGUUUCAUGGCUGUGGACCAAGAAGAAACUGUGUUGGAAGGGACAAUGGAGCAAGAUGAGGAGCCCCACCCAGUAUUGGAGGCUGAGGAGACUAGACAUAAUAGGUCCAUGUCUGAGCUGCCAGAAGAGGUUUUGGAGUAUAUACUGUCCUUUCUUUCACCUUACCAAGAACACAAAACUGCAGCCCUUGUCUGCAAACAGUGGUAUCGACUUAUUAAAGGUGUAGCCCACCAGUGUUAUCAUGGUUUCAUAAAGGCUGUUCAGGAAGGAAACAUUCAGUGGGAGAGUCGGACUUACCCUUAUCCUGGAACCCCAAUCACUCAGCGGUUCUCACACAGUGCAUGCUAUUAUGAUGCUAAUCAGUCUAUGUAUGUGUUUGGAGGCUGUACCCAGAGCAGCUGCAAUGCUGCCUUCAAUGACCUCUGGAGACUCGACCUAAAUAGCAAAGAGUGGAUCCGACCUUUAGCUUCAGGGUCCUAUCCUUCCCCCAAAGCUGGAGCGACUCUGGUUGUAUACAAGGACCUGCUGGUGCUGUUCGGUGGCUGGACUCGGCCAAGCCCUUAUCCCCUACACCAACCAGAGAGAUUCUUUGAUGAAAUACAUACUUACUCACCCUCUAAAAAUUGGUGGAACUGCAUUGUGACGACUCAUGGCCCACCUCCCAUGGCCGGGCAUUCGUCUUGUGUGAUAGAUGAUAAAAUGAUUGUCUUUGGUGGCUCCCUAGGAUCCCGGCAAAUGAGCAAUGAUGUCUGGGUCCUUGACCUCGAGCAAUGGGCGUGGUCCAAGCCGAACAUCUCUGGCCCCAGUCCUCAUCCUCGAGGUGGCCAAUCUCAGAUUGUCAUAGAUGAUGCAACUAUCUUAAUCCUUGGGGGAUGUGGCGGUCCCAAUGCUCUGUUCAAAGAUGCUUGGUUGUUGCACAUGCACUCAGGUCCCUGGGCCUGGCAGCCACUCAAGGUAGAAAAUGAAGAUCAUGGGGCCCCAGAACUGUGGUGCCAUCCAGCUUGCCGGGUAGGGCAAUGUGUGGUGGUCUUCAGCCAGGCUCCUAGUGGGAGAGCCCCACUCAGCCCCAGUUUGAACUCUCGCCCAUCACCCAUCAGUGCCACUCCUCCAGCCCUGGUUCCCGAAACCCGAGAAUACCGUUCUCAGUCUCCAGUAAGGAAUAUGGAUGAAGCUCCCUGUGUUAAUGGUCGCUGGGGAACACUGAGGCCCAGGGCUCAAAGGCAGACCCCCUCAAGUUCCCGAGAAGGAAGCCUCUCCCCAGCCAGAGGAGAUGGCUCUCCCAUCCUCAAUGGUGGGAGCUUAUCUCCAGGAUCAGCAGCUGUAGGUGGCUCUUCCUUGGACAGCCCUGUACAGGCUAUAUCUCCUAGCACUCCAUCUACCACCGAAGGAUAUGACCUAAAAAUGGGACUUUCUUUGGCCCCCAGACGAGGGUCACUACCAGACCAGAAAGAUCUAAGAUUAGGAUCAAUAGAUCUGAAUUGGGAUCUGAAACCGGCUUCCACUAGCAAUCAUAUGGAUGGUGUGGACAACAGGACAGUUGGAGGAAGUAUGAGACAUCCUCCCGAACAGACGAAUGGUGUGCAUACCCCACCCCAUGUGGCCAGUGCCCUCGCUGGAGCCGUUUCCCCAAGCGCCCUGCGUCGGAGCCUAGAAGCCAUCAAAGCAAUGUCAUCCAAAGGCCCACCAGCCUCCGCAGCACUAAGUCCUCCUCUGGGCUCUUCUCCAGGCUCCCCUGGGAGCCAGAACCUGAGCAGUGGAGAAACAGUGCCCGUUCCCCGCCCAGGGCCUGCCCAAGGAGAUGGACAUUCCUUACCUCCCAUCGCCCGCCGCCUGGGGCACCACCCUCCACAGUCCCUAAAUGUUGGCAAACCCUUGUACCAGAGUAUGAACUGCAAGCCCAUGCAGAUGUACGUGCUGGACAUUAAAGACACCAAGGAGAAGGGGCGAGUCAAAUGGAAAGUAUUUAACAGCAGUUCUGUGGUUGGACCUCCUGAAACCAGCCUGCAUACAGUGGUACAAGGCAGGGGUGAACUCAUCAUAUUUGGAGGACUCAUGGACAAGAAACAGAAUGUGAAGUACUAUCCAAAAACAAACGCCUUGUACUUUGUGCGAGCAAAGAGAUAAUAUGUUCUAAAACUCUUUCCCUUUCUGUGGCUUUUAAUCUGGAAUUUUCCAGUGUGCAAGCAUUUGGACUGAGGAUUGAGAAAACAGAAGGACAAAAUUACCCUCAUGAACCAAAACCCCGAUUCCCAACCUUGCUCACUCUAGGCUGGGAUCAAAUCUCCAUUAAGAAAAAAUUAUAUAAGUAUAUAAAUAUAUAUUAUAUAGACAACUCUGUUUACAAAGAGGGAGAGCUCUCCGUCCUGGUUCAGAUAAAAUUGUUGCUGUGUUUUAGCAGAGGCUGUGCUGCCUUUUUCUACCUUGCUGGUCUGGUAACUGGACCAAGAAUUUAGGGAACAGACUAAUACCAGAACUUUCCUAAAGAAGCUGAAGAACCACCUGUAAGUCUUAUUUGGCCUUUGCAGAGUUAGAAAAAGAAAGGUCAUGUGUAAGAUGCACAGGUAGAGGUUUCAGAUCCACAUGCUUCAGGUGCUGGCAGGGUGAAAGUGACCUGUAGAAAACUCUUCCCCCCACCCCCUUCCCCAGAGGACCUGUGAAAACUCCUUGCAGUAAUGCCCUGUGCCGGGCUCCAUUCUGCCCUUUGUGACUGAAGAAAGUUGCCCAACAAGGGAUCUUGUUCCA